AUGAUUGGUAAUAAUACAACUUCAUUAAAUGAUGUCGAGCAUGACUCGACUUCACCAUAUCAAAAUGAAACUUUAAGUUCAUUGAUAUUUUUUACAAUUGUUUAUAUUCUUGUACUUAUAUCUGGUCUCGUCGGCAAUUUUAUUGUUCUUUUUGUUACAUUAAAAAAUAAUGAUUUAAAACAUUUUACAAAUUAUUUUUUUGCUAAUUUAAGUGCAGCUGAUGUAUUUGUUCUUUUAUUUUGCAUUCCAACAGCUAUACAUGAUAUAUGGGCUAAAGAUCAAUGGUAUAUGGGUAAAUUUUUUUGUUUAACUAAUCAAUAUAUUGAAAGUUGUGCAACAAGUGUUUCAUCAUUAACUAUAAUGGCUAUUAGUUUUGAACGUUUUAUUGCUAUAUGUGAACCAUUUAAAGUUCAUGAUAUAUUUAAUGAAACAUUAACAUUGGUUACUAUAUUAUUAAUAUGGGCAAUUGGUUUAGUUUUUUCAUUACCAUUCUUAAUUUUUGCUGCAUAUGAUCCAUCAUAUAAUCCAACUGAUUCAUUAAAUGAUACAUCAAAUCUUAUAACUAUAUGUCAGUUAGAUGCCAACUCAAAGUUAGCACGUUAUAGUAUAACAUGGUUCAUUAUUACUCUUAUUUUUAUACCAUUUUUUGUUUUAAUAUAUAUUUAUGCACGUAUUAUUUUGGAAUUAGUACGUCAUCGUGCUGUUCGAUUACGAGCAAUAACAAAAAAUCAACAACAACAACAACAACAAUAUGAUGACGAAGCAAAUAGUUUUAGUGGUGGUAUAAGUACACAGGAUCAACAACAAUCGAAUUCAUUUCUUAGUUAUAAACGUUUUGAACAAAAACGUCUUAAUACAGUUAUUAUUUGUGUGGUAACUGUUGCAUUUUUUGCCUGUCAAUUUCCAGUACGUAUUAUACAAUUAAUUGAUAUGUAUGGACGUAUACAAAAUGAAGAAACAAUGCCACACUUAGUAUGGAUAUGGUUAUGGAAAUUAUCAAAAUUACUUUUUUUUCU